CAACGGACUCGUAAUCAUCACCGCCAUCACCGUGUCCGCACACACACGAAAAACAAACACGCACGCACCCUCUCUCUCUCUCUCUCUCUCACACUAAAAACUAACAAACAAACCGGGAAAAUAGAGGGACGAGAGAAGAACAAAUUUAGAGAGAGAGGAAGAGAGAGAGAGAGAGAGAGAGAUGGUGAGGAAGUGUAAUAGAGGAAUUGCGGAUAUUGCAGUGAUGGAGGUUGCUCAGGUGGGCGUGAGGACUAGGGCUCGAGCCGCUCUUGCCGUAGCGGCGACGAGGAGCUCAGGUACAGCGAAGAGGAAAAAGGUUAACACCGGAGAAUUGGUCAAAUUCUCAUCGUCGUAUGUUCAGCUCAAGAGCCGAAGACGCGUCGAGAUUGCAUCUGAUAAUUUGGUGAUCCCAGCGACGGCUGAGAGCAAUAUCGAGCGCACGACGACGACGACAACGACGGAGGAGGAGCAGUGUUCGAGCCCUAGUUCGGAUCACGUUCAGGUCUCUUGCUGUUCCAGUAACGGUUCCAGUGAGCUCGCUGAGGAUAAUAAUAAUAUAAUCAAAUUUGUGGAUCUGGAGGAUGGGAGUGCCGAAGUCGAAACAUCUACGUAUAAUUCCUGCAGAGAAAGGAGAGAAAUGACACCUUCAAGCGAGCUUCGAGCUGAAUCAGACAACGUGGAGUCAACUGUGAGGCCAAGUGUGGCGGAUUCUCGCAGUAGAUCAGCGGUGGCUAAAAUGCCUACCGAAUUGGAGCUCGAAGAAUUCUUUGCAACUGCUGAGAAAGACAUCCAAAAAAAAUUUUCUGAGAAGUAUAACUACGAUAUUGCCAAGGACGUACCAUUGGAAGGACGAUACGAGUGGAUUCGAUUAAAGCCAUGAAGAAAAAGAAAGACUAUUCAGUAAACAACAAAAAAAAAAAAAAAGAAAAAAAAAAAGUAAGAGAAACAUUAAACAGUGGCUCAAGAUCCUGAAUAUUGUUAUUUGUCUUUAGGUACAAUUAAAUUCAGCUCUUCGCAAGGUCUAUUUUCCUGUUUCUUUUUUUUUUUUUUUUUUUUUUUGUACAGCUUUUAGCUCUAUCACUUGGAAGAAGAAGAAGAAGAAGCAGCAGCAGCUAAGUUUGUUCUCAGUACGGGUUGUACGAGAAGCUUUCUGCAAAAUUUGAAAAUUGCUUUGGGGAAGAAGGGAAAAAAAAGAAAAAAAAAAAAGAGGGGUUUCAAUAACAAAGUUUCUAUUCUCGUUUCGUUUAGUAUCUUAA